AUGAUGUCUGGAUGUGCUGCUGAUGCGUUAACUCUGGAUAUCAAGACUGAGGACGACGGAUCGGCGGACAUUCAUGUGGAGCAAAAUCUGGCUAGUCGGAGUGCUAUAAAUUCACAUUCACCGGUUGGAACCGUUCCUGCUAAAUUUAUUCCCAAGUAUAUUAUAAGGAAACCGAAUGAAGUUGCGAAGAAAGUUGUUCUCAAGAGAUUUCCCGUUGCCCAAAACCAUCCUGUGGCACCUAAGCUUGAGUGCAAAGAUGUAGAGGGUGCAGCGAUGCCAAGUGAUGGGUUUUUUCUACCACAGAAUGCAGGCGUUCUCAGUGUCGUCGAUAAACCAGAAGAUGGCACGGCGAGAUUCUGGCAGACUCCCAGUGGUAAGCUGAUAAAAUUGGAGCCUCGGUCGGGUGGAAAUGCUGCUGAAGGAACGCGCAACUCUGUGCCUGGAGUUAUCACAUACUCCCGUCCAAAACUUAUUAGAUUGCCAAACGGGAAAUUGGCUAGGAUAGCGAGAAGGAGAAUUCCUACAUCUCUCAUACAUCCUCCUACAGCUCUCCGGUCGGAUAAGUUACCUGUAAGCAUAAAACAAUUUAUCACUGGUAAAGAACAGAUGGAUGGUCCUUCAGCAACCGCUGCAGUAACAUCAUCAGGUCCUAUUGAUGUGUCUACACUGAUGGGAAAUGAUUCUUCCAAUGAUGGAUCAUCCCUUUUCGAAGUACGAAAGGAAGAGUCCGCUCCUAUCAUUAAAACGGAGCCUAUGGACGAGGAAGAAAUGCUUAACGACCGACAACACUUCGUGACAUCUGCAGUGCCACCUUCCACUUCGCAACCAUCGCUUGCAGCAGCUCUCAACGAUCUUUCAACUGCCUCUCCACAAGUGAACGAUUUGGUCAGGAUUGUCGACGAGCCAUUAUUCAAUCCUAAUCGUUCAAACUGCCCAUUGGAAUGCUGCAAAGUCUGCAGAACAGUGCUCCCUGGAAUGAAAAAACAUCUACUUUCUGUUGAAGCACGGUUGGGAAAUUUAGUGGAAACAGUCCAGAAUCUGAUCAUCCACAUCAAUCCGAAGGAUAGAGAAGCGGCCGAAGCUGCGAAAAAGAGCGAGGCUUAUUCCCUUGGAAGUUCGGAUAACAUACAGAGGCGCCUUCCUCCUGGGUUUCCGACAAUCCGAUUGAUAAAUGCGAAUACUGGUAAGAAAGUCGAGGACACAAGACCUAAUCAACUGGUAGUGCCGAUCAAAUCUGAGGUCCAGGAGGGAAAUGGUGGUGAAAGUUCUCAAGGAACUCAAGGAACUCCACGCCCAAAUGUGAUGAAAAUCGUUCGCACCGUUCCAUCGUCAGCGACGCCGCAAAGCAGUGCACCAUCAACUACGACCCAACGUUAUGUUGUUGGUGGAACUCGGUUUAUUGUCGCGGAUCGAGCGAAAGCUUCACGAACGGUGUACGCAACUAAUCGGGAAUCUGUUAAAGCUACAUACCUCGGUUGUGAACUGAUUUGUACCAUUUGUAAUGAGGUGUGUCUUAUAAAUAAUCGAAGAUUAUCCCGCUCUCAGCAAGCUCUGCGCAUUUAUUUCUUCUCAGCUCUUCCCUAA